CCUACCGGCAAUGCAACGUGUCCAUGCGAUAUUGAUGAAAGAAUAUCGUAAAACUUUUAAAGCACCUUUCGAUGGGCCUCAAACCACCUUGACAACAUUUGACCUUGGCAUUGCCGAUUAGUUGUACACACGAGAGAGCCAUGGCUUCAGUAUUUGGGGAUAUUGAGAUCGCACCGCCAAUCGAAGUGUUUAAUUUAACAGCACAGUACAAUGAAGACAGUCAUCCAAACAAGGUUAAUCUCGGGGUUGGAGCUUACAGGACAGAUGAGGGUAAACCAUGGGUACUCCCGGUGGUCCGCACAGUGGAGGCCCAGAUGGCAACAGAUCCCACACUGAACCACGAGUACCUCCCUAUAGCGGGGAUGCCUGAUUUCAGAUCAGCUGCCCUCAAACUACUCCUGGGAGAAGACUCCCCAGCACUUAGUGAAAACAGGGUAGAAGGUGUCCAGUCUAUUGGGGGCACUGGAGCAAUUAGAAUUUGUGCAGACUUCUGUAAGAAAAUGCUGGGAUAUGAUACAAUGUACACAUCCAGUCCAACAUGGGGUAAUCACAUGGGUAUAUUCAAAAGCUGUGGAUAUUCUAAUGUAAAACAGUACAGAUACUGGGACGCUCAAAAUCGCACCAUUGACUUUAGUGGAAUGAUGGAAGACUUGAAUGCAGCACCAGAGAAGUCAGUAGUGAUAUUCCAUGGCUGUUGUCACAAUCCUACAGGAAUCAACCCCACAGAAGAACAGUGGAAAGAAAUAGCCGAUCUAGUGGAGAAGAAAAAGUUUUUGGUCAUGCUGGAUGAGGCAUAUCAAGGUUUUGCCUCUGGAAACCUGGAGCAGGACGGAUUUGUUGCACGCUACUUUGAUAAAAGGGGAUUUGAAUUUUUUGUCUCACAAUCAUUUUCCAAAAACUUUGGAUUAUACAAUGAAAGAAUAGGAAACUUAGCUAUAAUCUGUGCAAAUAAAGAUGCCAAGCUGCGAGUGAAGUCUCAGAUGGAGAUGGUUGUGAGGACAACCUGGUCAAAUUCACCCAAUCACGGAGCUAGAAUUGUCGCAUCAGUACUCAAUAACCCAGCAUACUAUGCAGAAUGGAAAGAGCACGUGAAAAUGAUGUCGGAUAGAAUCAAGAUGAUGAGAGAGAUGCUCUUCCAGAAACUGAAGUCACUAGGCACGCCCGGAAAAUGGGAUCACAUCAUCGAACAGAAAGGGAUGUUCAGCUUUACAGGAUUAAAUCCUGGACAAGUUGACAUUUUGAUAAAGAAAUACCACAUCUACCUAUUGAAGAAUGGUCGCAUCAAUAUGUGUGCUUUGACAACUGCAAAUAUGGAAUAUGUAGCUAAUGCCAUCCACUCAGCCAUUACUGAAUGCAAGCUUUGAAAAACCUUAGAUCUAGGAUGUCAAACAAUGAAAAGUACUUGAUUAAAUUAGUGGUUGAUCGUUUAAUGUGAUACAUGUACAAAGAAAAUAUUUACAUUAUAUUUCAUUUCAAUACUGAUUAUGUCAUGAUUAUAAUUUAAAAUUAUUGACACAUAAUGACUAUAUGUAUACAUGUAUGUAUUGAUUCAAAUCCUGUGUCAAUCGAUGCAUCUUUUUCAGGACUUUAGAUUUAUAAAUACUGUGCCAAAUUUAAAGACCUCGUCCUUAACUCUGUGUAUAAUAUUUAUUUAAUAUUCUAGGAAAUUUUCUAUGAUAUUCAGAAAUGGUGAUAUAGAUAUGAAAUAGAUAAUGUGGUAUAAGCUUCAUAUAUGCAUGUGCAUUAAUGAUGUUCUGUAUUGGCUUCAGUAUAGUUAUAUUUAUGGAAUGUUUUUAUUUGUUAAAUAUUUGCAGAUUUGAAAGAAAGCAAGAAAAUUUGCAUGAACCAGCUGCAAAAAAAAUGAAUGGCAAACAAAAUAAUACAUGUAGUGCUACAGAUAUACUGUAUAUUAUUUGACUUUCCAUUUCUUUGUUACAUUGUUUUGAGGGUGCUUAUAGAAAAAUGUUAUCAUAUUUAUAAUAUCACUAACAAACAACCUUCCUAUUCUGAUUAUGGACUUACUGAUUUAUUGAGGAAAUAAUCAACUUUCCAAAAUUUUACAUCUGCUAACAGUGGAUUAUUGCUUACAUUAAAUGGUUGCGUCUUGAAACUUCUUGAUUAAUUUAUAUAUAGAAUCUGAUGUUUAUAUUUUACAGCUGAUUAGGGAUAUGAAUGAUUACACAGUCAUUCUUUUGUCCUACCUACAGUUCCAUAUAGUAUGUUAGCCAGUCUUUUAAGUCACUGUAUACUGUUAUCAAUACUUUUAGCAGAGGAAUGCAUGUAUAUAAUUUCUCUGAAAUUAAUUGUCUGGCUUAAUUUGACUACUUUUAUUUUUACUAGAUGUUUAAAGACAAAUUUGGUUGAUGUUGUACAUUUUUGUCAGCUUAUUUGCAUGUGCAGGUUUUGUACCCAUCUAAAAUCAAUAAAUUACUUCCAAAUAAAAUAGUGAUACUGUUAAGAAA